AUGGCAAAACAUCCGAGAAUGGUUAAGUAUCUCGACAAUGUCCAAGAACUUUUGAAGGAAUUCCCCACUUUCACCAUCCAACAAAUUCCUCGGGCAAAGAACACUCAUGCAGAUGCACUGGCAAGCCUAGGAUUAGCGCUGGACACCCAGUUCAAAUGCUCCGUCCUGAUCGAACACCUUGACCAGCCAAGCAUUGAAGAAAUAGAGCAAGUAGACUCAAUGCGAAUUGAUGAGGACCAUAGCUGGCAAGACACCAUCAUUAACUACUUGGCAAAUGGAAAUCGUUCAUAUUGGGUCGUGCGUGGUAGCUGGUACAGAUGA